UUGUUUUAUUAUUGUUUCAAAGAAAACUAAAGCUAAUCUAACUUAUUAAUUAUACAAUUAAUUGAACCAGUAUUUAGUUUUAAAAAUGGCUGGGCUUUUGCUAAGCCCUACAGAAAAAGUGUUUAUUGUGCACGGUGUACAAGAUGAUCAUCGCUCCGAUGGACGGACCAAUAUUGAUUACCGGCCAAUGGAGCUAGAGACAAAUGUAGUCAGUCAUGCUACUGGAUCAUCAAGACUUCGGCUUGCCAACACAGAUAUACUUGUGGGUGUUAAAACUGAGAUAGAUGUUCCAACUCCAGAAAAACCUGAUUUAGGAAAGAUUGAAUUUUAUGUAGACUGUUCAGCAAAUGCAGCUCCACAAUUUGAAGGCAGAGGUGGUGAACAGUUAGCUAUAGGUAUUGCUAAAUUAAUGCAAGCUGCAUAUCAUUCCUCAGAUGCAUUUGAUUUGAAACAACUAUGCAUAUUUGAGGGCAAGCAAUGCUGGAAAAUCUAUGUUGAUAUAUUGAUAUUAGAAUGUGGAGGCAAUCUGUGUGAUGCAGUGUCUAUGGCUGUGAAAGCUGCACUUUUCAACACAAAGUUACCAUCAGUGAAGGCAGCCCUUAUGGACGGAGGGAACAUAGAUUUACAGUUAUCUGAUGACCCAUAUGAUGCUAAAUCAUUAGAUAUUGGAACAGCACCUUUACUAGUGACACUGUGUAAAAUUGGUGACAAAUGCGUAGUAGACCCAUCAGCUGAAGAAGAAAGUUGCAGUGUUAUAUCAGUAGUAGUGGGGGUUACAGGGAACCCCAGCAGCUAUAAUAGCGAGGAAAAUGUGUCAGAUACUGCUAAAGAAAGCAAAUUCACUACAAUUGAAAUGAUUGGAUCUGGUAGUGUUGCACCAAAAACUUUGAAGGAUGCAAUGAACCAAGGAAUGGUUGCUGCAAAGUUACUUGAUAAAGCAUUAGGUGAAGCACUCUUACGAGAAAGGCAAGAAACACAAGUCAAAACAAAGAAACAUUCAUAUGGAUUCCUAAGAUAAAAUUAAAGCUAAUCAAAACACACAUUACUUUUUAUUCCUUUAUUGAGA